UAUAGUUGAUGGGAUUUUCUUGAACGGUGUUCUGAAUGUCGUCUUAAGCGCGUAGCAAUACGCUUCCCUUAAAAAUCCAACGAUUUCUAGCAAUUUCAGCCAAGACAAGACCAGACCCUCUUUUCUGAUCAGUUCUAUUUCUUUUCUGUUGUACUUGCAAACAAGAUGAACACCAACAACAACAACAACGACAAAAACCAAUCACCACAAUACCCCUCAGAUACAAACCCAUUUGCACCAUCUUCAUCAUCAUCUCUCCCACCCAAUCAAGAAACUGAGAAUUGGGGAACUCAUAUUAUGGGGGCACCUGCUGUACCAAGUAGUCACCCAGACAACAAAAAAGCAGCUUUAAGAAGUGGUGGUAGUGAUCAAGAACAACCUCAGGUUCAUUAUUACCACCAUCCGGUUUAUCCCUAUGUUCAAACCAGCCCCGUUGAUAAGCCAAGCAACAGUCCUAUGGAAUCAAUCCUCCACAUGUUCGAUUCCUGGAGUAAAAAGGCUGAAGCCACCGCCAACAACAUCUGGCACAAUCUUAGAACAGGCCCAUCAGUAUCUUCAGCUGCACUGGGGAAGAUGAAUCUGACAGUCAAAGCUAUAUCAGAGGGUGGAUUUGAGUCCCUGUACAAACAAAUAUUCACAACCUAUCCAAACGAGAAGCUGAAGAAGACCUUUGCUUGUUACCUUUCAACAACAACAGGACCUGUUGCAGGAACCCUUUACCUGUCUAAUAUUCAUGUAGCAUUUUGCAGUGAUCGCCCAUUGUGUUUCACCGCACCCUCUGGCCAGGAGACGUGGAGCUAUUACAAGGUAAUGGUGCCUUUGGCGAAGAUUGGAGCAAUCAACCCAGUGAUCAUGAGGGAGAAUUCAUCAGAAAGGUAUAUCCAGAUUAUCACAGUUGAUGGGCUUGAUUUUUGGUUCAUGGGUUUUGUUAAUUAUGACAAAGCAAUUAAGAACCUCCAAGAAGGGAUCUCACAUUUUGUGGUGCCAGGAAUAGCUGUACCAUCAUCUAAUACUUGAGCAAUGAGUUCUGGUGCUGGAUUUUUUGUUCCCCUUUCUGUCAGUGUUUGUGAUUGUUUUAUUUUACAGUUUUUGGAGUAUUAUGUUGUAUAUUUUUGUUUAAACGGUAUAAUCUUAGUCUUCGUGGUUUAUGCAUUGUAUCAAUACUUGAUUAUCAAAAUUUUGA